AUGAUUCGAAAGCUGCUUCAACGUCUCAGUACACCUAUUGUAGCGUCUUCGCUCUCCAAAGAGCAACUGUGUGUAUCGCUUGCAGCUGUAGCUCAACUUGAACCGUUUCGUUUGUUUCCUUGUACUGUAUCGCAUCCUUCUUCGGCUAAUGCAUUAAACUUUAAUGAGGCGGAUGCGGCUGCGUUGGUGGCUCGGUCUAUACGUCUUAUCCCACAGUGCACUUUUAUGGAGCUCGGCAUGAUCAGUGGUGGGGCAUCUGCGUUACGAUGGCGCUCUCCUCCGCUUGUUGAGCAAUUAUCCAAGCAGAUUCAUCAAGGCUGCCAGAAUAUUCAUCAAUUUCGAGCGCGACUUCGCCUUACAGAUCUUACCCGCGUCGUCGCCGCCGCCAUUCGCGCUGAUCAAUACUUCAACGUAACCCUCUACACUUUCAUUCGUCACCAUACUAAAUCUGUGCUUCGAUCAAAAGAGCGCCCAGAAACCCUUCUUCACUACGCUUUUUUAGCUAAUAUUUAUCUUGGGGGUCGCAAUGAUGCGAUGGAUAACAUACUCGUCCAACUGCAGGACGCAUGCCUUAGUGAGAGUCACCGGCAAAACUUCCUACAAAAGUAUGAGUGCUUCGUGCAGGCAGUUUGCGGGGGCUGGCUUGCGCACAGGCAGCUACUGUCAGACGAGUUUCAGUCAAAUUGUGGAGACUUCCGUAAGGAUAGUGAGUGUGUAUGGGACGCGACAAAGGUACGCGCGCAUGCGUACUUUCUCCUCCACGACAAAGUGCAGGCUACCGGAUGUGUAAUGACUAACAAAGAUAUUACACUCAAGGAUGCAAUAGAAUGUUUGGAGCUAUUGAAUUUUUAUAAAAUCGACGAUCCAGUCGCUCAUGCGGCACUUGAGGAGGUGGUCCUACACGUCGUACAGCAGAUGGAUGCAAUAGACAUGGAAGAUAUGCACAAAGUCAGUCGUGUGGUGUACGCUGAUGCGCGGCGUUUUCCUCGCUUAGUUGAUGCAUUGAACAAAAAACAUGAACCCAGCAACAGCUUAGAGAAAAUUCCCCAAGCGUUGCAAGCUUACACGGAGACAGUCAGUGGAAGGCGUGUUUCGAGCAUCAUUUUGCACCAUCUCACAGAGGAACUAGGGGACAGUCAGCCAGAUGAUGUUGCGUAUGCUGCGUGUGUGCUAGCACGCCAAAGCGAAGUUCCACAUGUUAUCAUGAUACGAUCCCCGUCAGUUGCCCGAUGCCUCAGCUUAAGGGGGCUCACUGCCUUUCUGAGAGCUGCGAAGUGGGAUCGAACGGGCGCGCUGCUAGCCGCCGCUGAGAUGGCCAUGCGCAGCCUGGACCUUUCUGUGUUUAAUAGUGCGUCGCUCUCUUUGCUAUCGGAUUUGUCAGGUGCAGUGGCGUUACCACUGCCACGUCAUGUCGAUUUGCCUCAAGCUUUUAAGACCGCAGAGAUGACAUUGAAGCGUAAUUUGCUGGAAAGAAUUGCUGCCAUGUGCAGCUCACCUUUGCAGCCACUUGCGGAGAUAUUUGCGGCAGCCACUCAAACACUAGAAUUUGACACGGAUAAAGUGCUUGUACACUUGGCACUCGAUCGGGCCGCGGCGGCCAAGGAGCUGUCGAAGGCUGAAUGGCUUGCUGUCAUGCAGCUGUUGAAGCUUGACAACCAGGUGAGCAGCUUAGAGCUUAUGGAUAAGCUGGCCAAUCGGUUUAAGGAACUGUUGGACCUGUACUUUCAAUAUCAUGCACGCAGCAACACGGAAGCGCACGAAAACUUACUAGAGAUUGCCGCGUUUCAGGCGGAAUAUAAUGCGCCUGAGCUGGAGGGAUUGGGGAAUCAGUUGCUCCAUCGCGUGGAAAGCGAGCUCAGCUCAUGCACGCCCGAGUGCCUGAUCGCUGCUGGGCUGCUUUCUAGACAAGCUCGCAAUUUUGGGGCGGAUUCUAAGAUACAGGCUGCCCUUGUGCCGCACGUGGUCGGCGGGAGGCUGCAUCUCCCAGUUGCUACGCAUGCCAUUGGACUUGUCUCACCGGUAGUGGAGUCAACUAACAUAAACUUGACAGCAGCAUUGGUGAGCUUUUUUGUGGAAGUUUCUCGAAGCACCGGUUGUGUUUCUUUUGUUGAUCCCUCGCCUAUAGCUCGCCUCCUAGUAGCAUAUUGUGCGCUCUAUGAGCGGCUAGUUGCGGGGGAUCACUUCGUCGCCUUUCCCGAGGUUUUACUGCGAUUCAUUGCGGAUCACCUUUUGGCACUGAAGCUGGAGGUGUACGUAGAUCUUUGCCGCUUUAUUUCUUUUGGUCGUCUGGCGGAAGGAUUCACCGACGAGGUUGUGGAGAUGCUACCACGCCAACUAGACCGACUUAAUUCCACACAGAUCGCGCACUGUGUGGGGGGACUGGGGCAACUCCAUCACGCUGGCCAAAGACUGAGCCAUCAAAUUGUAAUGGAGGUGGUCUCCGAUUAUGUGGUCGACAAUGCGGAUCUUUUCUGGAGCGGCCCCGACAUUGCACACAUGUUGGACGGCUUCGCGCGUCUGCAUUGUACGAAGCGUAGUUUGUAUAAUGUCUUCGCAGACAAACUAUCUAUGCGCGCAGUAAGGGCAACCAUGAACCGUGAGGCCAUAACCCUAACUCUACAUGCUUUUGGGAUGGUCAAGUACCUUCACAAAUCCCUGUUUGAUCGUCUCACACAGGUUUGCAUUCAAAACGCACAGAACCUUUCCGCCAGGGACAUAUUUUUUUCUGUCCUGGCACAUAGCCGUGUGAUGUUGUUAAACAAUAGCUUUUAUGAGCAAAUGAGUCAACAGAUCGUCGCUCACGCAGACGAGUUCUCUAUCAGCGCCAAGUGUGAAUUAAUCAAGGCAUACGGGCAUACUGGAAAGCAAUAUGGAAAAAUGACCCAAAUUCUUCUGCAAGAUAUCAUACGUGAAAUCCAAAGCCUUAAGGACGUAAAUGACCUAGUGGAUGUUCUCAAUUCAUUAUGGCAAGUGAAUUACAGCAUGAAACAAGAUGAGAACAGGGAGAUUCUGGCUUCGUUCGUUGCCGAUCAUGCGGGAGAACUAACUAAUAGUAGUAUAAUAAAGCUUUGUUCGGUGUUAAUGGGGUGUGGUUGGCGACAUGAGCCGUUAUUACAGUGUAUAGGGGACCAAUGUGUGUCCUUAGCAAAACAGCAGCAACUGACAGCGCCAGCUGGACGGGCAGUCUUGGAUGCAUUGGGGUUCCUUAUGGUAUCCCACCCGGUAGCGCGUCAGGAACUUGCCCAGCUCGCGCGGAGUGUGAGCAAGGAAGUUUUGCAGCUUUCCGAGGAAGAAGCGGAGCAGCUUAAGCUCCUGUUAUCGGUGUGA